AGCGAGGCGCGCGUAUAAAAACAUAGCGGCCGUUGGUGCUCAAACUCACUCUGCUCUUCCCAAAACCCUAAUUCUCUCAUACGUAGGGUUUUGCAGAGCCUCCUCAGCUUUUAGCUUUCGUCCUUUACAUCGCCGAUUCCUCUCACUUUUCUUCCACCUUCGUACCUAACAUGGGCAAGUCAAGCAAGAAAUCAGCUCCCAAAGUUGACGCUGCUCCCGCUGUUGUUCCGCUAUCGAAGUCUGCCAAAAAGGGCAAGAGGCAAGCUGAUGAUGAACUCGAGAAGCAAGUGAGUGCAAAAAAGCAGAAGAUAGAAGAGGUUGCUCAGAAAAAAAAGAAGGAAGAGGUGCAAAAGAAAAAGAAAGAAAGUAGUUCAGAUGAUUCUUCAUCCGAAUCUGAAGACGAGAAACCUACACCAAAAAUUGCUGAGAAGAAGAAGAAAGAAGUCAUUGCUGAUAAGCAUAAGAAGGAAUCAAAGGCACAAAAGAAUAAGAAGGAAAGUAGCUCUGAUGAUUCUUCUUCAGAAUCUGAAGAUGAGAAACCUGCAGUUCCUUUGAAUAAGACUGCUGCUAAAAAUGGUGCUCUUAGUACCCCUGCAAAGAAAGGCAAGCCAGCUAGCAGUUCCAGUUCUUCUGAAUCAUCUGAGGAUGACUCCUCUGAUGAGGAUGAAGUGAGUGCAAAGAAGCAGCAGAAGGGAGUGGUUGCUAAGGUGCAACAAAAUAAGAAGGAAAGUAGCUCUGAUGAUUCUUCUUCAGAUUCUGAAGAUGAGAAACCUGCAGCAAAAGUUGCUGCUCCUUCCAAAAAUCAACCUGCCAAAAAUGGGACUACCCCAGCAAAGAAAAGCAAGCCUGUCAGUUCAAGUUCUUCUGAAUCCUCAGAUGCUUCUGAUGAGGAUGAAGAUCCAAAAUCCAAGGUGGUCCCUGCUGCUGUUAAGAAUGGACCUGCUUCUAUGAAGAAAACUCGGCCAAUUGAAAGCUCUGAUGAGGAUAGCUCCGAGUCUGAUUCUGAUAGUAGCUCUGAUGAGGACGAUAAUAAGAAAAAAACUGUAACCGCACUGGGCAAAAAGGUGUCUGCUUCUUCAGUUACUCUGGGUAAGAAAAUUGAGACCAAUGAAAACUCAGAUGAUGAAUCAAGUGAAAGCUCUGAUGAAGACAAUGACGCAAAGCCAGCUGUAGCUGCUGUCUCAAAGCCUUCGGCUGUUGCUAAAAAGAAUGUUGACAACUCAGACUCAGAUGAUAGCAGCUCUGAUGAAGAUGAAUCUUCUGACAGUGAAUCUGAGGAUAAAAAGAAAACUGUUAAGGUUUCUAAUGCAAACAAGAAACUGGCACCUGUUGUGAAGACUGCUAAAAAGAAGUCUAAUCAAAGUUCAUCAGAGAGUGAUUCUUCUGAUGAUGAGGGGAAAAAAAUGGACAUUGAUGAGGAUGAUAGUUCUGAUGAAACUGAUGAGGAGCCACAAAAGAAAAAGCCUGUGCAAGAAAGUAGUGAUAAUUCUGAGGACAGUGAGGAAGAAAGUGAGGAGAAGCCCUCCAAAACUCUUCAGAAAAUGGCUAGGGAUGUGGAGAUGGUUGAUGCUGCCUCAACUGGAAAGAAAGCUCCAAAAACCCCCGUUACACCAAAAGAACAGAGUGGUGGAUCAAAGACACUGUUUGUUGGGAACUUGUCAUUUAGUGUCCAACGAGCUGAUGUGGAAAAUUUCUUCAAAGAUUUUGGGGAAGUUGUCGAUGUCCGUCUUGCUACAGAUGAUGAUGGGAGGUUUAAAGGGUUUGGACAUGUUGAGUUUGCAACAGCAGAUGCUGCCCAAAAUGCCCUUGAGUUGAAUGGACAGGAACUAUUACAACGUGCCGUCCGGCUGGAUUUAGCCCGAGAAAGGGGUGCAUACACCCCCAGUAGCGGCAACUGGAACAACUCCUUCCAGAAGAGUGGAAGAGGCCAAUCCCAAACAGUAUUUGUAAGGGGUUUUGAUAAAUCCCUUGGGGAAGAUGAGAUAAAAGCUAGUUUGCAGGAACAUUUUAGUUCUUGCGGGGAAAUUACAAGGAUAUCAGUUCCGAAAGAUUUUGAGUCUGGUGCUGCCAAGGGAUUUGCUUACCUGGACUUUAGUGAUUCUGGUAGCAUGAACAAGGCUCUUGAACUCCAUGAAACUGACCUAGGAGGCUAUACCUUGUCAGUGGAUGAAGCCAAACCUAGAGGUGAUAAUCAGGGUUCUGGUGGUAGAGGUGGAGGUGGAAGGAGUGGGGGUGGGCGAUUUGGUGGUGGAAGGGGUGGCAGGGGUCAGUUUGGGGGAAGAGGAGGCGGUCGAGGAAGAGGUGGUGGAAGGGGCCGAGGAACGCCAAAUAGACCAAACCUUGCUGCAGAAGGCACUGGAAAAAAGACCACAUUUGCUGAUGACGACUAAGGUGGCCCAUCUUGCGGAUACUGAACUAUUAAUAUUUAUUGCCCUUUCUUUUCCCAGUAGUUUUUGCUCAGUUUUGGUAAUUGUUAGUAUGGAUUCGUAGAAAUCAGUUGUAUUGGCAAAAUUUUGUGAUCUAAUACUGAGUCCCAUUAUAUGGAUCUGGAUUAUAUAUAGUAUUUAUGUCGCUCUGAUGAUUU